AUGGCACAGGGACAGCAAGGGAAAUGCUUUGUGUUCGUCCUUUUACUAUGCUUCUUCUUCAGUUCAAGUUUGGCACGCAGGAUUCUUAAGGAUCUCCCUAUGAUGGAGGCAAGCAAGGUUGAUCUUACCCAUGUAGUGAAGCCUGGGAUGGUUAGUUUGAGCGAGCAAGAUCAUGACUUGUUCCUUGUAGAACCUGUGCACGUAUUCAAGCCUGGCCUUAAGCUGCAGUCCAUGUCGGGUGAACCAGAUCCUGAUCGCAAAGUCAAGCCAGAGGAUGACAAAGUAAAGCAAGAUCACAUUGUCAAGCUUGAUCACAAAGUCAAGACAGAUGAUGACAAAGUGAAGCAAGAUAACAUUGUCAAGACAGAUGAUGGCAAAGUAAAGCAAGAUCACAUCGUCAAGACAGAUGAUGGCAAAGAAAAGCAAGACCACAUAGUCAAGCUUGACCACAAAGAAAAGCCAGAGGAUGACAAAGUAAAGCAAGAUGGCUUCAAAGAAAAGCUUGACCAUAAUGUGCGGACCAUGGCGAGUGGACUAGAAGAUCUUGACCACAUAGUCAAGCCUAUGGGGUUUGGUGAAGGUAGGGGCUUUGGAAGUGGCAGUGGAGGCAGUGGCUUUGGAGAAGGAAUCGGUUAUGGCAGUGGAGGCAGUGGAUUCGGAGAAGGAAUCGGUUCUGGUGGUGGAGGCAGUGGAUUCGGAGAAGGAAUUGGCUCUGGUAGUGGAGGCAGUGGCUUUGGAGAAGGAAUCGGUUAUGGCAGUGGAGGCAGUGGAUUCGGAGAAGGAAUUGGCUCUGGUAGUGGAGGCAGUGGCUUUGGAGAAGGAAUUGGCUCUGGUAAUGGAGGCAGUGGCUUUGGAGAAGGAAUAGGAUCCUCCGGGUCAGGCCAACCUAACUGUGGUUCAGUCAGGGGAUCUGGUAGUGGAUUUGGCGAAGGCAUUGGACGAGGCAGUGGUGGUUCAGGGGAAGGGAUUGGUAUCGGUAUAGGAGGAAAUGGUGCUGCACCAGGUGUAGUUGUCCCAGGCACAACAAUCCCUCCCAUUGUGGUUCCAGGCACACAGAUUCCCGGUUUUGUGAUUCCAGGAGUCACGGUUCCUGGCUAUGGUUCAGGCUGCCAAACCGGUGGCUGCACCCCAAACGCACCAUAUUACCGCCCCCCACCGGCAUACCAACCACCAUGUUCCCAUUGCCCACCUUUCACUUCAGGACAAGACAAGCACGUGUCGUCACACAAAGGAACCAUGACCGAAGCUCUUGCACCCAUUUCAAACGAGAUGCACGUCUGA